UCCCAGCUCUGCCAUAUGGGACUAUAAAAGCAGCUCAUCUUAAAAUCUCACAUGACUGACUGACUGACUGUGGUGAGCGAGAAGAGAAAUAACAGUGAACAAAAAGAGAUUAAGAUGACCCAGCUUCAUUCAUCUGAGUGAGGGGAAUUCCAAGUUGUGCUGAAGAACAUGGCUGAGGCUGUUAUUGUUCCAUUAAAAUAUGGCAUCUCCUCCCUGAAUGCAGUCUAUCAGGCGCUGAUUGAGACAGAUGUAGAUCCUGUUACUGGGCAAUGCUCCAACUACAAUGCCAUCAGACAGCAGAUAGUGCAGGCUCAUCAGAACCUGGAGCGCUCAGAACAGACGGCCAGUUCAGGGUUAAAGAAUCUGGAUGAAAAUUUGGAGAGACUUACAGAAGACGAGGGAAAACUGGAACGUGAGAAGAGCAGUACUGAGACUCAUUUAGAGAAUUUGAGAACAGAGCAGGCAUCUAAUGAAGAAUUAUGCAGAAAAUCUCAAGCAGCUUUGGAACAGGCCAGGAGGAAUCUGAAUUCAACAAAACAGACACUUCGUGAUCAGGAAAGCAGGAAAAAAACUGCUGAAAUCGUCACAGGUGUUGGACUGGGAGUGAUGGUUAUACCAAUCAUUGGAUGGAUUGCAGGUCCUGUCAUGGCGAUUGGUGGUGCCAUUGAAAUGGAUGAAGCAGAACAUGCUAUCGGAGUGGCUGAAGAAGAAGUGAGAAACUCUGAGACUGACGUGAAAAAAUAUAAAAGUAAAAUGUCUGAAUACGAGUCCAAGAUGUCCCAGACCAAACAAGAUAUCCAACAGAAAGACAAGAAGCUGAAGGAGAAGCGUGAAGGAAUCCAGAAGCUGAAGAAGCAGAUCAAGUCUGUUGCUGACUUCCAGAAGAAAGUGAGAAGAGCCGUCCACCUCCUGGGUGUCCUGAACGGGAAGACCAGUGUGGCUGAACAUCAGACUCGCAGAUUCAUCCUCGAUGAGCCUGUGAUGAAGGUGAUGGAGGAUGUAAUGAAAGCCACAGAGCAAAUCAUAGGCAAUGAGCUCCUCUACGGCAAUGACUUGCCAAGACUCAUCAAUCAAAUGAAGGAAAACGGCCAACGAUUGGCAGAAAUCUGUGCCUCAGAGACCAGCUCUAAGAAUAACACCAGUUUGUUAAAUUUAAGUGAUUUUUUUUAAAAGUUAUAUUUACACUCCAUGGUCAAAAUAAUCUGAUCUUGGUCAGCUUGGUGUGGAAGGCUGUUGAAAGAUUAAAUUAAAAUAAAUAAAUAAAUAAAUAAAUAAAAUACA